CCCAUGGAUGCUGUCCAUCGGAUUCUUCUCCGUUUCUAGACGUUCGGUUCGUGGGGCAGACGCGACUUCGGUCUGCACAUUCUGCACUUGGCGUCCGUGCCGACAACACGUGCCUCGAACUUUCCAAGCUUUACGAUUUACGCGAGCGGGAAAACUUUAUUUGAUUGUAUUUUGGUCAGUAGUUUUUGUGCUUACGUUCAGGAUUUUUAAGGUGUUCAUGGAUUUUUGUGCAUAAACCAGUGCGGUUUUGGUGCGACAAUGAAAACUUUAAGAUACUUGGCGUUAACGUGCUUGAUAGUGUGCGCGGUUUUGACGACGACCGAAGGCAAAACCACCACAAAAAACCAUGCCCUCCUCACCAAACUCGGCCUACAAAAGAUACGGGGACCCAAUAGUCAUCACCGGAAACGUUUGGCCGUGGAAUCCAGACAUCAUAGCCGAUCUGACGAUUCGCACAUGUUCAUCAUCAAGCUCCCACCGAAUCCACAUUACUACACCCACGCUUUGCCCAACGUUAACUCCAUCGACGCCCAAAGCAAAAGUAUACCUGUAGGGUUCAAGAGUAACGGACGACCCGACAAGGUUUACCACUGGAACUUGCCCGUGAUGAAGAAAAUGGCCAACAAGCACAAGAGAAGAUUCAGCAACCCCAACACCCUGGAGAAUUGGAAUGAAGUGCUGGAUAAGGGCGACAGGGAAAGGAAGCCACAGAAACCAUCGUAUUAUAUUCCGGCCAAGCCUAAAAAAUCGAACGUCAUGAAGUACUUUUCCGGAAACGGAAAACCGCACUCCUUUUACGUGAUCGAGAAGAGCAAAAAGGCGCAUUAUCACAGACUGCUGCCUUAGUUUGCAGUUUACUUUUAGAGACUUGUGCAAUACCGUAAUACAGUUCUCAUUGAUUUCCGACUGACCUUUAUUAAGCUUUUAAUAUUAUUUUAUAUUAUUGUAUUUAAGAUUAUCUGUAAUUGUUUUUUUAUAAUAAAGCUAGUGAUGUAAGGA